AUGGAGAUUCUUGUUUACAAGAACUUCUUCAUAUUUGUGUUUGCUAGGAGGAGGGCUGAUGUCGUGGUGUCUUUGGGGAACGGCGGAGGAGAGCUGAUCUCGUCGGAGGAGAAAGCAGCGGCGUCGAAGGCUCGAGAUCUCGUGGUGUCGAGGGCUGAUGUCGUCGGAGGAGAGCUGAUCUCGUCGGAGGAGAAAGCAGCGGCGUCGAAGGCUCGAGAUCUCGUGGUGUCGAGGGCUGAUGUAGUCGGAGGAGAGCUGAUCUCGUGCGCUGAGGAGAAAGCAGCGGCGUCGAAGGCUCGAGAUCUCGUGGUGUCGAGGGCUGAUGUCGUCGGAGGAGAGCUGAUCUCGUCGGAGGAGAAAGCAGCGGACUUGGGGAUCUCGUCGGAGCUGAUCUCGUCGGAGGAGAAAGAAGCUGAUCUCGUCGGAAUUGGAAAUUGUCGGAGUAUAUAUAGAAAUUGGAAGCAUGAGUUGCACGCCUAUUAUCUUGGUUUAAUAGAGAAGGGAGUACCUGAUCCCAAGAACCAUCCACCGAAGCGUGUGGAGCCUAAUGAUUGGGUAUCGAUGAUCGAUGUGUGGGAAACUGAAGAAUGGAAGACAAAAUCUGAUAAAGCGAAGGUGAGUCGAUCAAAGUUGUCCUACAAUCAUAUAUCUGGUUCCCGAUCAUUUGUAGCAGCGAUGUCACUAAUCGAGCGAUUAGUCAACAAGACUAUCGAACAAUCUCAGCCCGAAGUUACAUCCCCGAUGAAUGAGUUUGAGAUCUCCAUUGAGGUACUUGGAAGGAGGCCAGGUUACCUGAAGGGGUAUGGGAUCCACCUUCGAGGGAGUUCAUCUACCAGGUCUCUUGCAAAGUCAGCUGAGCGAGAUGCUGAGGUCGUGGCUUUAAAGGAGACAGUAGCUGUGCAAGCCGAACAGAUUGCCUCACAAGCCGAGCAGAUGAAUGCACAAGCUGAGCAGAUGAACGUACAAGCUGAGCAGAUGAACACACAAGCCCAGAAGACUGCUGAUCUUGAGGCUUUAGUGCAUCAGUUAUUGGCACGUAGCCAGCCUGCAGCGAGCGGUGGUAGUAGAGAUUUCUCAUGUAGAUGA